UAUCUGUGGGGCACGAAUAACCUGUUCUCUGACGAGCCUAUUUUGUUUGUUUUGAAUCACGACUUGCAUCCAAGGUGGACGGACGUGUUGCAAGCUCGGGCGUACUUUUUCAAAACAAUUACCAUGAUUUUAUAUAUAGCGGGCGUCCUCGUGACGUAUUUAACAUACAAAGUUUACAAUAAAAUGACAUCUGGAAAAUGUACAUGUAAAACAAAGCUUAAUAACAAAGUGGUCAUCGUGACUGGCGCAAAUACAGGAAUAGGAUUCGAAACAGCAAAAGACCUCGCCCGGCGCGAAGCUAAGGUCAUACUCGCUUGCAGAGACCAAGUAAAGGGCAUCAGAGCGAGAGAUGAUAUUAUAAAGGCCACCGGAAAUCACAAUGUUGUUUACAAACAACUGGACCUAGCGUCAUUCAAGUCUGUACGGACUUUUGCUUCACAAAUUCUCGAGACAGAGACCCAUGUCCAUAUCCUUAUACACAACGCCGGCACUGGGAAACUAGAUAAUUCACUAACCGAAGAUGACCUUCCUGUAGAAAUGCAAAUCAACCAUUUCGGUCCCUUCCUUCUAACGAAAUUGCUUGUACCGAUGAUCAAAACGUCGUCUCCAAGUAGGAUAAUCAACGUGUCCUCCCUGCUGCAUCGAUAUGGCACGAUAGACUUGGAUAAUAUCCACAAACCGGCCAAAAGCUGGCUGCAGCAUUCCCGAGUGUACUCCAACUCUAAGCUGGCCAACGUGCUGUUUACGAAGAGGCUGAGCCGCGACCUGCUGGGCACGGGGGUGACCGUCAACUGCCUGCACCCAGGCGCCGUCAGCACGGAUAUAUUUCGCCACCAGCCGGCACUUUCCAGAUUUCUAAUUAGUCUCGUUUUCAAAACACCUGAGGAGGGAGCUCAAACCACAAUCCACCUGGCCGUAUCGCCGGGACUGUGUGAUGUUACGGGGAAAUACUUUUCAGAUUGCGUUGAAACGGCAUCUUCCUGUCGCUCCGAAGAUAAUGAACUCUCGGACAAGCUGUGGGAGCUUUCAGACAAAAUGACCAAGGAAAAAUAAUCUUGUUUUAAUUAGGACAAAUUGUAUUUACAAGGACUU